ACAUAGGUGGGUGGUGGAUAAAGCUCAAAAUACUAGCUUCUUCCACAGUGCACACACUCUUUAUUUGGCUAUAAAAACCCGGCAACUCGAGUUAGCUUUCUCUCAACCCACAAGCAGAUCGAACCAUCGAUCGAUCGAGAAGCAAACAUGGCGGCGUUUCCGAAGCAUAGUAGUAGCCUAGCGGCUGCCUUCUUCGCUGUGUCCAUGGCCAUAGCCGCAAUCACCACCACCGCCUUGGCGCAGAACACGCCGCAGGACUUCGUGGACCUGCACAACCGCGCGCGCGCGGCGGACGGCGUGGGUCCGGUGGCGUGGGACGCCACGGUGGCCAAGUACGCGCGGGACUACGCCGCGAAGCGCGCCGGCGACUGCAAGCUCCAGCACUCCGGCGGGCCCUUCGGGGAGAACAUCUUCUGGGGCUCGGCGGGGCGGGCGUGGGGCGCCGCCGACGCGGUCAAGUCGUGGGUGGACGAGAAGAAGCACUACCACCUGAGCAGCAACAGCUGCGACCCGGGCAAGGUGUGCGGGCACUACACGCAGGUGGUGUGGCGCAAGUCCACCCGCCUCGGCUGCGCGCGCGUCGUCUGCGCCGCCAACCGCGGCGUCUUCGUCGUCUGCAGCUACGACCCUCCCGGCAACUUCAACGGCGAGCGCCCGUUCCUCACUCUUGACGCCGCUGCCAAGUAAUUAAGAGUGUGCGUGCAGAGUGCAGUACGCAAACUCUACCAGCUCCAUUCCGUCUGAUCGUGGGAGCAUUUUGUGUGUACCCAUAUUUGUAUGCGGCCGCGUUUGUGAUGGUUUUUGUGUAAUAAAAUGCUAAUGCUUUCCGCGUUAUAUAUGUUUUUAUG